GGCGCGGCGGCCCCGGAAACUGCGUCGCGUACGCUCGAGCUCCGCGCCGCCACCGCCGCCGCCGCCAUGGCCGACCUCGAGCUCUUCGGCGCCCAGCCGCCGGCCUCCGACGCCAGCGACAACGGGGCCCUCGACGGCGCCGAGGAGGACCCCGCCGCCGCCUUCCUGGCGCAGCAGGAGAAUGAGAUCGCGGGCAUCGAGAACGACGAGGGCUACGGCAUCCUGGAGGGCGGCGAGGUGCCCGGCUCGCUGCAGGGCCACGGCCACCUCGAGGCGGAUGUUGAUGGAGUGGUGAAUGGAGAUAUCUACAAGGAGAGUAAUGGGCCAACAGACUGCUAUGCUGCCAUAUCACAAGUAGAUCGACUGCAGUCCGAACCAGAGAGUAUUCGUAAGUGGAGAGAGGAGCAAAAGGAACGCCUGGAGCAGCUUGAUGCUAACUCACGAAAGCAGGAGGCGGAAUGGAAAGAGAAAGCAAUAAAGGAGCUGGAGGAGUGGUAUGCAAGGCAAGAUGAAAAGCUCCAGAAAACAAAAGCCAGCAACAGCACAAACAUAAAUCAUCCUUGCUACAGCCUAGAACAUUCUUAGGCUGAGAUGUUGUGGAGUGCCUCUUCUACCUUCAUUUUAUAUACUCAAACAUUCCUUCUACUAAAAGAAGAUCCUCUGGUCGUUUUGGAGGAGAGAAAGCCAGGAAGAAAACAUGGUGAUGUGAUGAGACAAGAGAUGGAGGCUGAUAAACAGGCAAUUAAGAUCUUUACAUCUCUGUUACUUGUAUACCAAAGCCUGCCUGGAUGCCGAGAAAUCCACCCACCUCUGAGUUUAGUCAAAGUAACCAUCAUAUCCAUAUUAUUCAGGGAAUUGUUCCUGAAUUUCAAAUAGAGACAGUUGCAACAAGGUAAUUUUCUAGUCUUGCCAGCCCCAAAUAAACUAAAUUACAAAAUAUUUCCAUCGUUACUCAGGUGUUGUAAGCUACUGCUCAAAGACAACCACUGUGAAACCACACUUCUUGUAAAAUGCCUAAGAAAAUGGCUACCUUGUGGCACGUUUGAGAAAGAGAGCCAACCCUCUCCUACAUGCUUGUAGUAAUUAUGAGACAAAAGGUUCCAAGUGUGGCUUGCCUAGGUACUGCUAAAACUGAGACAGAACUGUACUGUACUGCAAAUAUAGCAGCAGGGUAGUUAUACACAAGAAGACCUAUCUGGUUACCCAUAUGCUCACUCUCCUCUCUUACAGGAAAAAAGAAGGUAUGCCCCCCCUUUUUUUUUCUCAUGUCAUCCUUGCAAAUUUUGUCUAUACUUCAGUUUAGAAACCUAUCUUAUUUUUUUGGUGGGGGAAGGAGGGUUGGAGAGAAGAUGAAGUACAUAAAUACCAUCAUGCAGUUUCUUAGCUUCUCUCUGUAAGGCUAUUCCAGAGGCAUAUGCUUCUAUACAUCCUUGGCUACCACAGAGACACUCUGGUCCAUCUAAAGACACGACAAUAUGCCCAAGUUCAGCAGCACAGAAAGAGCUGCCAUGGAUCAGUUCAUGUUGAUGAAUGAUUCCACCUCCAAUUCCUGCAAAGGUGUGAAAAUUUGUGAAAGUAAAAAAGAAAAAAUAUAGCCCCAAUUCUUUCACAUUUGCUUAUUCUAAUAAAGAUAAAGCACAUGCA